CACGGCAAACUUUAGUAAUUUUUAUAUUUUCUGCAGUACUUUUCUAGCAGCGCGUAGAUAUAUACUGAUAAUAAAUUUAUUUGUUGUCCUCGUUCCUAGUUAAACUGAAUUUGAAUAUAAAUUUCAACUGCUGAUGGCGUCGUUCGGUUCAUCUAUAUAUCAGGAUUUGCCAGAAGAGCAUCCGCGAAAGCUUAUACCGGAGCUGUGCAAGCAAUUCUACAACCUAGGAUGGGUAACCGGCACUGGAGGAGGAAUCAGCAUGAAACUGGACGACGACAUUUACAUCGCUCCCUCAGGUGUGCAGAAAGAACGUAUCCAACCGGAUGAUUUGUUUGUCCAAAACAUGGGAGGAGAUGAUUUGCAAAAACCUCCAGAUUAUAAAAAGUUAACGAAAAGUCAAUGCACUCCAUUAUUCAUGUUAGCUUAUCGGGAAAGAAAUGCUGGAGCAGUUAUUCAUACGCACAGUUCAGCGGCGGUCAUGGUAACACUUCUAUGGCCUGGAAGAGAAUUUAGGUGUACUCAUUUGGAAAUGAUUAAGGGAAUCUACAAUCAGGAAUUGAAGCGUAAUUUGCGCUUUGACGAAGAGCUGGUAGUUCCUAUUAUAGAGAAUACAGCACUGGAAAAGGACUUGGAAGAAGAAAUGGGAAAAGCUUUGCAAGAGUAUCCAGGGACAUCGGCUGUACUGGUUAGGCGACAUGGUGUUUACGUAUGGGGUGGAAGUUGGCAAAAAGCUAAAGCAAUGACUGAAUGUUACGACUACUUAUUUUCCUUAGCUGUCGAAAUGAAAAAGGCGGGCAUUGAUACUAAUGAAGUUCCAAAGUGCUACAGGAAUGUAUAACAUUUUAUGUAUAAUAAAUAAGUUAGCUGAUA